AUGUCAUAUGAAUAUCAACUUCUUCCAGUGACGUACAGACACGUGUCCCUAAUGGAUAAUUUGGAAUUCGAGGACGACAAACUGACCUCGGUCGAAGUGCCUUCUCUGGGCGCAAGCAAACUUAAAUGCGAGCCCUGCAACAACGACAGUUUAGAGGUGGUGGAUGCGCAAUACUUCUGCAACAACUGUCUGGAGGGAUUGUGUGAAACAUGCGCUAAAUACCACAGAAACAUGAAAGCUUUGAGGAACCACGUCGUCACAGAGCUAGGUGAAACGACACCCUCUAUGGCGUUGAAGCCGUUUUCCUCCUUUGCGACGGCUGUUGGCAACAAAUGCAACAUUCAUCCCCACAAGGAUCUCGAUUUCUUCUGCGUCGAUCAUCAAAGCACAUGCUGCGUUAUGUGCAUUGCCCUUGGGCACAGGAAGUGUGAGACGGUAAAGAGCGUUGAUCAGGUUGAUAUCGGGAAUGAUUUUGGAUUUUCAACCAACUCUUUGUUUCAGAGAGCAGAUAAAUGUGCCAGUUAUGCUCAGUCGGUUGUAGCUACAAAAGAGCGCAACCUUCAACAUCUGCAGGAGCAGAAGAAUAAAGCGACAGCCCGAGUAGCCUCUAUGAUCCGGGAUACGAAGACGAUGCUUGAUACCCUAGAAUCCAACAUCCAGCAAGACAUGGACAAUGCAGACCAACAACAACGAAUGCAGCUCCAAGAUCAAGUAGAAAACUACAAAGGGGUCGUCAACAAGAUUAACGAGGCCAAAAACAAACUAGAAACUUCACUUAAAUUCAGAACGAAGCUCAACGUCAUUCAACAAGCUCCGCGACUGGAGGAGUUGUGUCGGAAAUAUGAACAUGAAUUCCAGAAUGAUAAAGACAACGACAGCGAUCUAAUUUUUGGAUGGUCCCCAGAUGUCAUUUUAGACAAUCUGGUCCGAUUUCAGGAGAAUAUUGGUAAAUUGCACUUAACACCAAUUCAAAAGCUCGAGGUACCACUCCACCCCAGUCGAAGAAUUUACUGGGACAAACGAAUCAUUAAAAGGUCAGAAUUCAACGCCAAGACUGGUUCCGAUAAGAACAACUGUCUCUUCACGGGUGCUGGGUUCACCAGCAGAGGCGAAAUCAUCCUAGCAGACCACAGUAACCGCAAAAUUAAACUUUUUACAAGAAGUGGUAGUCUCCGACAUCAACUCCGAUGCGAAGAUCAGCCCUGGGAUGUCUGCAUGAUAGACGAUGAAAAUGUCCUUGUUUCAUUUCCGGCCAAGCAGAAAAUCCAGGUCUUCCGCAUCCGUGAAAAGAUCAUCCCAAUCCGCAACAUUGCAGUGGAAGGAAAUUGUCACGGAGUAUCACAUAGCGCCGGGAAACUUGUUGUAACGUUUUCUGAUGACUACAAGAGCUGCAUUGGUUCCGUAAAAUAUAUGGAUAUGCAGGGAAGAGUCACACGCAACAUCAACACAAAUUCUACGCACAAGUUCGUAUUCGAAUGGCCGCAUUUCGUGCAUUUCGACGGGGAUCGCAACUGUGUUUACGUGACUGAUGAAAGCAAUGGAUCGGUAGUGAAGAUCAUGCAAUCGGGAGCAAUUCAGUGGAUCUGUCGGGAGGCUAUCAUCAAAAGUCCAACCGGAAUUGACGUUGACAACGAGGGCAAUAUUUUUGUCUGCGCAUUCCACGCGCGCACAUUGGUGCAGUUAUCAAGGGAUGGACACGUGGCCAAAGAAAUGCUGACAGAUGUGGAGAACCCCUUGAAAAUAGCGUUUGACAAACUUAAAAACAAUUUUGUCCUUACGAACGGAUUCGCUUCGUCCCAGAACUUCGUUGGAAUUUAUCAAUGUAUAUAA